GACUAGACAUAGUAUCUUCUUUUCAUCACUUAUUGCAGUGGCGUAGCUGGUAAUGCUUGCAGUACAUUGGGACAAGGCACUGUAGUGCCAAGGAAAUCUAGGCCAGGUGGUUUUCACCUUCCUUUUACCAUGCCUCCUGUCAAAGUUCUCAGUUGUGCUACGCCGGUCCUGCAUUUCGGGCUUGGGGAUCAAUUCUACAAGGAAGCCAUUGAACAUUGCCGUAGCUACAACUCAAGACUGUGUGCUGAGCGCAGCGUGCGCCUCCCCUUCCUUGACUCUCAGACUGGAGUGGCCCAGAACAACUGCUAUAUCUGGAUGGAAAAGAGACAUCGGGGACCAGGCCUAGCACCAGGACAGCUGUACACAUACCCUGCCCGCUGCUGGCGCAAGAAGAGACGACUGCACCCGCCUGAAGACCCGAAGCUGAGGCUGCUGGAGAUAAAACCUGAAGUGGACCUGCCUCUGAAGAAAGAUGGAUUCACAUCAGAAAGUACCACACUGGAAGCCCUAUUAAGAGGUGAAGGGAUUGAGAAGAAAGUGGAUGCUAAAGAAGAAGAGAACAUCCAGGAAAUACAGAGGGUUCUGGAAAAUGACGAAAAUGUAGAAGAAGUGAAUGAAGAGGAGGAUUUAGAAGAAGAUACUCCCAAACGAAAGAACAGGACCAGAGGACGGGCCCGUGGUUCUGCUGGUGGCAGGAGGAGGAAUGAUGCCUCCUCUCAGGAAGACCAGGAUAAACCGUACGUCUGUGAUAUCUGUGGUAAACGUUACAAGAACCGGCCAGGGCUCAGCUAUCAUUAUGCUCAUACUCACCUAGCCAGUGAAGAAGGAGAUGAAGCCCGGGAGCAAGAGACACGGUCCCCCCCUGUCCACAGAAAUGAAAACCACAGACCCCAGAAAGGACCAGAUGGAACUGUCAUUCCCAAUAAUUACUGUGAUUUCUGCUUGGGAGGUUCCAGCAUGAAUAAAAAAAGUGGUCGGCCAGAAGAACUAGUGUCCUGUGCAGACUGUGGACGCUCUGGUCAUCCCACCUGCCUGCAGUUCACCCUGAACAUGACAGAGGCUGUCAAAACCUACAAGUGGCAAUGCAUUGAGUGCAAAUCCUGCAUCCUCUGUGGAACCUCAGAGAAUGAUGACCAGCUACUCUUCUGUGAUGACUGUGACCGUGGCUAUCACAUGUACUGUUUAAAUCCCCCCGUGGCUGAGCCUCCUGAAGGGAGCUGGAGUUGCCACUUGUGCUGGGAAUUGCUCAAAGAAAAAGCGUCGGCCUUUGGCUGCCAGGCCUAGGGGGCUCCCCCAGGAUGCAGGAUGUCAUUUGCUCCCAUCGAGCUGGUAUCAGCACACAAUUUCUAAACUCAGACCAAGCACCCACACCCACACACCUAGACAGACCAACACAAAAGAAAAGAGUCACAGAGGGAAACACAUGGACACUUGAAAACAAGAGGAGGUAUUUCUUUGCCUCCUUGGGUAGGUUCCAUGACUUCAGACAGCCCCCUCCUGGGUCUUAUUGGAAGGAAUUUAUACUUUUCAAGAAAGAAAGCUCCAAUUCCUCCCCCUGUUUUCUCUCUCCCCCACUUCCCCAUUGAAAUUUCCCUCCCUUUUGUCUGAGCAUUGAAGCUUUCUCACUGGUUUCUGGGCUAAAUGGAAGCCGUUCUGUGAACACUGAAUAGUCAUUCUUGUGCAGUCUAGUGUUUUAUGUUCUCUCUGUUCCAAGAAACCUUCAAUGAUUCUCCAACCCUUUGCCCUCUCACUUCCCCUCUCCUCCCCCUUCAGUAUUCCCACCAGGCAAUGAUGCCUUCCACCCUUUCACUGGUUCAAGAGGAACGAUCGUGACUCAUGACAUGCCUCAUUGGGAAUUUCCUGGUCCCAAAGGGGUCAUCAUCCUGAAAAUCUGAGUUGCCCCCAAACUGCCCUCAGAGACUGUAUGUGAAAAAAGUUCUACUUUCCUGCUGCCCCAACUGAAUAUCCAAUGGCAUGGAUAACCCCAUGGGGUCCAAAUCCACUAAAUCAAACCAUUUGAUAGGAGAGUGGGGAAAAAAGAGCAGGGAGGAGAGAGAAAGGGGAAGAGCAUGAUGGUAAAAUGUAAAUGAAGUCUUGUGCUACCAACCAGUGUUUGCUGCUUGCUCCCUGACCAAGAGAAGCUUUGGAAGGGACCAUGCUGUCUGGCUGAUUUAGAUUUAAUCCCCUGCAUUGAAGUAUUUUUUUUUGGGGGGGGUAACCUAAUUUAAGAGGCAUUAUAAGCAUAGAUUCUGGAGAGAAAGAGAAAGAAACUUUCCUUCUAACCAAACUUUUGGAUCAGUUUUUCUUGAUGGAACUCCAGGAUGGUAGCGUGGAAUACCAGGAGGCCAAGGUGAUGCCUCUUUUCCUUAGGUGAGGGAUAAUAAGCCAAGUAUAUAGUUUGGCAUUAAAAGCCCUCUCAGUAUUGACAGUGUAAGUGGCACCAGGAGUGUUUUUUGCCAAGGAACUUUCUUAAUCGUGACAGUAUAUUUUUUGCUGUGAUAAAUAGAAACAUGACUCUUAGGUGAAUCUUUUAGGUAGUAGAUUGAUGAUCACUGGUCAUAUGAGAAGCAGGCUGAUAAAGCAGAUAAAGAACCAAUUUCAAAGACAGGAGGUUCUGAGUUCAAGUCCUGCUUCUGAAACAUAAUGGUUAUGGGAUCCUGAGUUAGUCAUUCAAUGCCCUCAGGCAAAUCUCUUUGAAAGAAAAUAGAAGAGCAAGUGCAAAUCAGCUUUAGUAAAGGGACUUUCCUAGCUAUAAGUUCCCUCUACUCAUGAAGUCACAAAUCCAACCUCCCCUUCCUCCUCACACACACACAAAAAAAGCAAAGAAUUAAAAUCACGAGAUUAAAAAUAAUGAUUCAGAAGCAUCAGUUUUGGAGAUUCCUUGACUUUCAAAUCUCCCUAUGUGAUUUUACUUUUUAAAAAAUGAACUAGUACUUGAAAGUAGAUGAUGAUCAGUUCAUAUUCUAAAAAUGGUGAGAAUUCUAAGAUGGCCCCAUGGGCUGGAACUUGUCAGGCUGCCUUUGAAAUGGGGCAGCGGGUUUCUAGAAAAUCAUUUGCCCAAAGGGCAGGUCUCUGCAGUGGGGACCCUAGCGCAUGCUCUGUUUCCCUGGUAUCAGCUCCAGCUCCUUGGUCCAGCUCCUGACUACAAAGGCAGAGGUUAUUUUUAGCCCACAAACUCCCCCAAGAAGCCCGCUGGGAUUCGGGGUAGCUGGCCACUUCUGCUGCUCUGUUUGCUUUCGGAUUUGGCAGGAGCUCACGUUUCCUGUGCUAAUUGCUGGCAGUCAGUAAAUCAAAUGCAGCAUGGGGGGUGGUGGGGGAGUGGGGAGCUGAGCAUUUGGUCUUACCCCUUUCUGUAACCCACUCCUUUGGCUGAAGUGACCCAUGACAAGAGACGUGGGUCAUUUUCCUGCAGGAGAAUGUAGGCAAUGAGUGAUUUACACACAUGCAUAAUGAUCUCAUUUCAAAAGACUGUCCAGAUGGAAAUCCCACCUUCUUCCCAAGACAUUUCCUUCUCCCUCCUGGAAAUCCUACUUUGGAUUAUGAAGGACUGAGUAUUUGUGAAGUCUGGAGGUGGUGUUUUGGAGGCUGACUUUGGCCACACGUGAUUUGUUUGUUUUCCCCAUUGCUUAGCUGGGAGAGUGAAGUUAGAUGGACUAUUUUCCGUCUCUGAUGAGGAUGACCCUUUCAUUCUCUCAGGACACAAAGGGACAAUGUUGCAUGCUGCUGAUGGUUGAUUAUCAAGUUUAAAAAACCAUUCCAAUUUGGUAUUAGGGGAAAAUUCCUUAAAAUAAUUACAGAUGCCACAACUCCUUAAAAUAUUUAUAGAUAUAUACAUAUAUGUGUGUGUACACACACACACACACACACACACCCCAAGCCCAAACCUUGGGACUCAGAUCCUUGUCUGACAAAUGAAGACUUUGGCGUCUACCUCUAAGGUCUUUCUAAUAUUCUGUGAUUCUAUAAAAUCAGUUGACAGUGCAGGUCUCUUUGUAGUGUGCUCUGAAAUCUGCUUGUCCUGCAUCAUUGCACACGACAAGGUUGUCCAGUAUUCUGUCUGCAGGCACAUUUGCUCUGAUAGCAUAUGCUGAAAAUAUAGUUAUCAAGUUUCCCAAGCUUAUGAAAAAUAACUCACCAGCAGUGACUGCCAUAAGGAGCUGGAUAGACCACAUGACCAAGGAUGCAAGAAUCUGGAAUGGGACCAUCCUUAGAAGGUUGAUGCAUGCUGUUUCCCAGUUUUGCUAUUUUCUUGAGGAAAGACCCCAGGAACCUCCUUUCAUCUUAUUGUACUUUAUUUACCCAUCUAGAAAGCAGGGAUAGCAAAAUUGAGAGUGGGAGUCCAUUUUCUUCAGGAUAAUUGGAAGGUACCAAAUUGGAGGCCCAGGAGCAGUGUAAUUUAAGGGGAAGAAUAUUGGACAUUAAUUCAGGAGACUUGGGUUCCAAUCUUAACUUUGAUACCUCAUAGCUUGAUACCACUAAGUCAUUUCAUACCUCCACUCUGAAAUUCCUUAUCUAUAAAAUGGGCAUAAUCAUACUUUCAUUUGCUCCCUCAUGAGAUUAGUGUGAAGGGAAAGCUUUGUAAACUGAAAUCACCCUGCCAUUAUUAGAUGGCACCAAAUAUUGCUUAAUCUGAUUUUAAAGGGAAUAAGCUAGAAAAAUUUAAUUUACCAUCUCAUUUGAGCCUUGGGGAGCGAAAAAUUAAAAUUUAGAGAUGUACUCUAGUAGCUACAAAAAUCUAGACUGCAUCCAAAGUAACUUCCACUUUUACUUUCUUUGUGUAAGUAUAUUAGAGUCAGAUGAAAUGUGGUAUAGUAGAAAGAACAAUAAUGGUUCUUGAGUCAAAAGAUUUGAGUUCAAAUCUUAUCUUUGCUGAAUACUGGUUGGAUACUUUGGGCAAAUCAAUUAACCUUCUUAGGCCUCAGUAUCCUCAUCUAUAAAACUGUAGGGGUUUGACUAGAUGACUUUUAAGGUUCUUUACAGUGGAUCAAAAAUAGGUCAAUAGAAGUUCAGUAAUUAUGGCAAGACUACACCAAAGAUAUCUUAGGUCUACCAUGAUGUAUUUGUGAACUGAGUGGAGGGGGGAUGGAAUUUUAGAAGUGCAAGUUUGAAUUUAGCCUCAAUUAUCAAAGUAUUGUGACUUCAGGGAAGCAAUCUUAUUUAGUGGAAGAAAGUGUUGCUAAAUUUGCAAUUAGAGCACCUGGGUUCAAAUCCUGGGUCUGCAAUUUACUAUAAACAUGAGUGUAUAUGACUGCAGACAAGUCAUUUAACCAUUCUGGAUCCAAGGUUCUUUAUUUUUUAAAUGAAAGCAUUGGACUAGAUGGCCUUUAAAGUCUUGCUUUUAAAUCUGUGCUAUGACCUCAAUUAGAGGGCUAAGGAACUAAGGAUAGAGGAUUAAGUAAAGUGAGGAGGGAGAACUCAGACUAGAGAAAUGCCAUUGAUUUAAGCAAAUCUAGGCAUAGCUGUGCCCCUAGUAGAAGACUCCAUUAAGGGAUAUCAAAACAGCAAGAGAUAGUCUUUAGGGACAGUUCAGAGAUGCAGUGGAUAGGGCACCAGACUGGAGUCAGGAAGACUCCUCUUCCUGAGUUUAAAUCUGGCCUUAGACACUAGCUGUGUGACCCUGGGCAAGUCACUUAAUCCUGUUUGCCUCAUUUUUCUCAUUUGUAAAAUGAGCUGGAGAAGGUAAUGGCAAACUACACCAAUAUUUUUGUCCCUCAAAGAAACGCCCCCCCCCCCAUAAGAACUCAUGAAGUCACAACCAAACAUCAACAAAGAUAGUCCUUAAUUCAAUAAUAUUACUGCCUGCCUGAUUGCUUUUCCUGCCCUGACUGCUGCUUGCUGUUAGCAGGGAGCUAAACAGUAGGGUGAAGGGUAGCCAUUCUAGCUCACAGAAAGGUUGAUUUAAGAAGGAUUUAAGAGACAUUGAGUCCAUCUCUUUAUGCUGGAGGAAGCCCAGAGUGUUUUCUGCCUGCCACCCCAGAGCCCCAUAUUGAAGAGAAGGAAGGUAAAAAAAGAUAUAUUUGAGUCCAACCCUCCAAAUUCUUUUCUAUCUCUGGCAUUGUGUCAAAAAAUGCUUCUAGACCUAAAAUCAAGGCAGUUUGAGGCAAGCAUUCAAUAUGGAAAAGUGAAAAGAGCAUUGGGGCUGAAUUUAGAUGACCUCAGGUUCAAAUCCCAGCUCUGCCACUUAUUACCUGUGUGACCGUGGGUAAUUCUGAACCUCAGUUUCCUCAUCUAUAAAAUGAGAGCUUUGGACUAACUGACCGCUGACAUUUCUUCUAGCUCUAUGAUUUAGAGAAAUCAAUUCACUUCUGUGUGGUUCCAGUUUGUCUUUUUUGAAAAAUGCAUUAUUUAUUUCUUUAAUAUUCUUUUUUUUUUUAAUUUUGAGUUCCAAAUUCCUUCUCUCUCUCUAACCCCUCCCAUACCUACUGAGAAGGCAAACAAUAUGAUAUCAGUUAUACAUGUGGAACCAUGCAAAACAUAUUUCCAUAUUAGCCAUCUUUCAAAAAAAAAGAAAGAGAAUUAUAUUUCAGUUUGCACUCAGAGUUCAUCAGUUCUCUCUCUGGAAGUCAAUAGCUCUUUUUUUUUAUCAUGAAUUCUUUGGAAUUGUCUUGGAGCAUUGUAUUGCCAGGUCUUUCCCAGCUGAUCAUGUUAGGAUUCCAUUUUUCCCGCUGAUAAAUUGGGACUGUGGACUAAUCAGUGGUCCCUUUUAGCUUUCAAUCAUGUGACUAGAAGUGGUUCUCUUGAACCUGGCUGCCCUCUCUUCUUUCAGAGUUUGAGUUAAAAUGUUUUAGAACAAAAAUCCUCAUCUGGAGCUGAGUACUGGAGGUGGAAAUGGCCCAGCACCACAGGGUCCUCUCUUUGUCACUAGAUCAGGUAGAGUGGGCAGGCCACAGCAGGAAGAAUAGCUUCCCCCAAGAAGUUUCAUUCUUUUGACUCUUGCCACAUUGGCGGCUGUGGGUGGGUGGAAGGGAGGGUGGAUGCCAUCAGAGCCUUGGGAAGAUAACAGGUUUUAAGGAUGGGGGAGGGUUUGGAUUUCACAGUGAUGGCUUCAUGAUACCCUGGAGAGUUACAUUCAUGGUGCAUUUUAGUCCUCCUGCUCUGAACACAGCACGGUUCCUUUCAACCCCUCCCUUCUCUCUGGUGCAGAGAUUGGAAAAAAAAAAGGUUCAAAUAUUUUAAGGAAGAAAAAUGAGAUGAUUGUUAUUAGUCUUUCUACAGGAGCAAGUUUGGGAAGUCAGAGUUUGUGUUUUGUUAUUGAUGGCUGUUUGGGGAAAACAUUAUUUGGAGUCUUAAUUUUUUGUGCUCAGAUGUGGUUGCAAUACAUCUGUACUACUAUAGUUGGUUCUCUUCACUACAGUUUAGGGAAGGGGUAUUUAUGGGAUGGAGGGUGAUUGAAGGAGGAUGACUGGGAAGGUGGGUAACCAUGAGUACACUUCAUAUGGGUAGCAGUAGAAUAGGUCAGGGAUGCUUAGCCAGGAGAAGAAAAGACUCAGGGGAACCAUUGUCACUGUCUUCAAGUCUUUGAAGGGUGUCAAAUGAAAAGGAGAUGAAACUUAUUCAAUUUGGCCCCAGAGGGCAGAACUAGGAGCAACAAGAGCAAGCUGCAAAGAAGGGAAUUUAAGCUUGGGCUGGAGAAUUCUGGGUCUACAACUUACUUAUGGCAAGAUUUGCUUUUCUAGUGUGAAGGGGACUGAGGUCUCUUUGUUGUUGUUCAGUCAUUCUUCAGUCUGAUUCUUCAUGACUCCAUGAGGCAUAGCAUGUCAGGUCCUUCUAUCCUCCACUAUCUCUCAAAGUCUGUCCAAGUUUAUAUUCAUUGCUCCCCUGACACUAUCCAUCCAUCUCAUGCUCUACCAUCCCUUUCACCUUUUGCCUUCAAUCUUUACCAGUAUCAGGGUCUUUGGCAUGAGUCGUGUCUUCUCAUUAUUUGGCCAAAGUAUUUAAGCUCCAGUUUCAGUAUUUGGGCUUCCGGGGAGGAGUCUGAAUCCCUUUCUUUAAGUAUUGACUGAUUUGAUCUCCUUACUGUCCGAAGGAUCCUCAAGAAUCAUCUCCUCCAGAUCCAGGCUAACCUAGUUUUGAUUGCAGAGUUCUGUGACUGAAAAGUUUACACAUAGAUCUACUUUAGAUGCUCUCACUGGCAGCUUUACUUAAGUGGAGAACAAAACUUCUCUCUCAUCUCAUCUUUGAGUUGUCCUAGGGAAUAGAGGAAAGAUCUGAAAGCCAAUUGAGAGUAAGAAGGUUCACAUUCGUAACCUGGCUCUCCUAUUGAUGACCCCCCUCACUACUCAAGGUUUCCUCAUCUAUAAAAUCAGGGGACUGGAGUUGAUGAAUUCUAAGGUCUCUUCCUUUUCCAAAAUGUUAUAGGCCUAUCUUUCUAGGACUCUGCAUUACACACAACCCUACCUCUUCUGCUUGCCAACUUAGGGCCAAGAUCUUCUUUUAAACCCUUACCUUCUGUCUUUGAAUCAAUACUAAGUAUUGAUUCCAAAGCACAAGAGUAGUAAGGGCUAGGUUAAGUGGGGUUAAGUGACUUACCCAGGGUCACACAGCUAGGAAGUGUUGGAGGCCAAAUUUGAAGUCAGGAUCUCUUGUCUCCAGGGCUGGUUCUCUAUCCACUGAGCCACCUAGCCGCCCUUCAGGGCCAAGUUCUAAUGAUGCUAUAGGGACACUUUGAAAAGAUCCCUAUAUUAUCUUUAAGUAUCAUGCUCUAAUAUUGGCAGUCCAUUUCUUCUUUCCUUGAAUCCCUUUACUCUGCCCUUCCAUGUAUCAUAGUUCUUGAAUCAUUACUGUAAAGAGCCAGUUGAGUCCUGGAGCCAUUGCUAACAAAUGGAAUUGCCAUUAUGUUUCCUUCCGGGGUCCAGUGCCACAAUAAUGCUAACAAAUGGAGUUUCCAUCUGUGACCCUGAUACAGUAAUAUCAUCUAGGGUUUGAUAGCAUCUUUCAGCUUGACACAAUGUAUUUGUCAAGUCUGGGGAAGGGUGAUGGUAGAAAGUAGAAGGAAAGAAUAGGGAGAGAAGGGUGGUGAGGCAAUUUUCUCUUAGUCAUUGAGGUGACACAAUUUUUCUAUAUGUAGAGAUGCUUGGGGAAGACUUGGACCCCAUGUUAUCCUAUCCAUAAUAGGGGCUUAAUAAAUGCUUUUUGAAUUAAGGGUGCAUAUCUAAUCUUCCUAAAAUAAAAUUCUGAUGUUCAACUAUAGCUUAGACACAGGGAAUUAGCAGCAUUCAAGAAAAUGCUAUUAGUUCUGGGAAUUUUAAUGGAAGAAAAACAUUUAAGUAAAAAAAGAAGGAAAAGCAGGAUUAUUCAAAUCCUUUAUCUAGAGAAUAUGGUUCUAGAUUAAAGUGUACUUCAAUACCUUCCCCCCAAUGCUAUUAGCCCUGUUCUGGAGUCAAUUAGCCCAUGAGUUUGUCUCUAUCUUUUGCCCUUCAGUGGGUAUAGAAGGGACUGAAGCUAUUAAAAUUUUUUUGAGGCUCCACUAUACAAAGGUUCUACCACUACAGUGUCACUAAAACAAGGUAGGUAGAACUGUCCCUUUCUUCUACUUCUACUUCUCCGUUCUGGCUCUAUGUGGCUUUGUUGUGGCUUCUUUCCCUCUUCAUCUCUGUCCUAUGUGUUCAUUUUAACCCAAUUUCCCCUAAAUGUCAAUGAUAGAGAACAUAGAAUGAUUUGGCUUGUGGCUUUCUAGGGAUGGGCCUGCUCAUUUCAUUUAACCAUAUGUCCUUCCAUUUGAAAAUUAUCAUCCUUCAGAGGAGCUCAACUGUAUUUGGGCUGAGGAAAAAAUGCUCAGCUCCAUUUAUGGAAUUUUCAGAGCUCAGUGACCUCUGUGGAUCUGGCCACAAACCAUAGCCAUCAGCAUCCAGAGGAGAGAACCAGAAGGGCUAAAUAAGUCCCUCGCAAUAGAGAUGGCACUUGAUCUCUCAACUUCAACUUUCUCAUAUGCCACAUGAGCAGUUUAGAUGAACUUCUGACUUUCAACUUUAUGAAUCUAGAUUUAGUGCAAUUGGGGAAGAGAGCUGAUUGUAGAGUCAGGAAAUCUUGGGUUCUAAAUCCAUCUCUCUAUAUACUGACUGUAACCCUGAGCAAAUCUCAGUGCUCUAGGAAGCUCCCUAAGACUUUACAUUUCAGAGAAGGUGCUGACAUUGAUUAGUGGAAGGGGAUCUCUCAUCUGGGAGUUACUCCCUAUAACACUGAAACCACAGUUCCAAUCCCCAGAUGUAUCAUCUUCCAUUGGGUUCAGUUGGGUGGUUGCCCAUUCUGCUCUUCCAGCUAUGGGGAAGAGAUGUGCUCAGAGUGUCCCUGGGAACUCUCAGAGGGGAAGAAGAAUAUUGAUUCCAAGUGGGCUCUGGCCAUCCGUAUUCAAGCUGCCUUCACAGAUUUGUUAUCUUUAAAGGAGGAAUUGGGUACUAUUUGGAUUCUGUGAAAAGGAGAUUUUUAAAGAUUGUGGAAUGGAUAAAUUCCUAGCUAAGAAGUGUCCUGUGGCACAUGCCAGCUGGUGUAACCCCUUCAGUCUUGGGGUUUUUACCAAAUUGGCUAAAAUAGGAAAUAAAAAUGAGACAACACUAAAGGAGAAUGCUAGAGAUGACAAUGUGUAUUAGAGGAUCAUAAAAUCAUAAGUUUAGAGCUGGGAAAGAUUUCAGAGGCCAUCUAUUUCAUCCCUAAAUUUUACAGAUGAGGGAACCAAGGCCCAAGGACAUAUCCAAGGUCACAUAAGGGUAUAUCCAGCCUUGAGUCAACUCAUUCCUUGCCUCCCUGCUUCAGUUUCUCCUUCUCUUUGUUUCCUGCCCCUGGCAAAAAGCUUUGAUUUGCUCUGCCAGUGACCUUGCAAUCAAGAUAUGCCAAGACUUUCCCACUCCUCUGCCCCACCAGAGGGCCAGGGCCUUGCCAAGGAAAGGAAAUGUUUGUGCUGAUGGCUAUGUUUCCCAGUGCUGGUCAGAGGACAACAGGAGCUGGGGCUGGCAGGCAGCCAGAGCCCUCUUGGGCAGAGAUAUAAUUACUAAUAAUGACCUCCAACUCAGGCAGCGACUGAAAUGGCUGUUCACGACAGGCACCAACCGUAGUCUGGUUUGUGUAAUGCAAAUAAAUACUGUUGGUGUAUGUGUGUGGCUAGGGGAGGAGAGGGAGGGCUGGAGAAGGAGGGGAGAAGGGAGGAUGAACACAUGCCUUUCAGAAAUGGAGGCAGUCUCAUGGUGCCCCAGAGACCAGUAGCAUCAACCUCACCAACUUCCUGGUAAUCCUUACAAAUCACUGCAUCUCAUUUUUUUUCCUCCAUGCAUCUGACUAUCAUUAGUAUCGAUAUUAUUAAUAUUGAUUUUUGUAAUAAGCACACGACUACACUUUCAACUCAUUUAUUUUCCUGACUGAAAUGAACUCUGUGUUGAUCUAGAGUAGGAGGGACAAUCUGCCCCAAAGCUGGGAAAGAAAACCCUUUCACUCCCUUGCUCUCCCCCACACAAAUCAUGCCAACGCUUAGUAACACAAAGAUGAUGCUUCUGCCUCCCUCAGGCUUUUUGAUCCUCUCUCAAGUCUGAGACAGGACAAUGGCCAAGGAGGGGCAUUCCAUCGGACAUUUUGUUUCUGGAAAGACAUCCAUAUCCAGGAUUCCCUACAUUCCUUGACCUCAUGAUUAAAUUUCUUGGGGAGAAGUUUGAUAGUAGCCUGAACCCAGAAGCCAAAGAACUGAAUCUUCUUUUUAAUUUUGUACUCAUAGGGACUCUAGAGCUUGGGUUUGGACUGGAUUUUCUAAUCUACUUUCUCCAUUCCUUUUUAGUGGCUUACUUGCUUAAAUAGAACUCUCCCCUCCCUCUUCUUCCUCCUUCCCUUCCCCUUCUUUUCUUUCCUUUUCAUCCCUCCCCACCAACUCUACUCUUUUGCUCUUCCCCUCCUCUCCCCUCUUUCUUUUCCUCCCUUCUCCUCUCCUUCCCCUGCCCUCUUCCUUUUCCUCUCCCUCCCGAUCUUUUUUCUUCUCUUCCCUUCUCCUCUCCUCUUUCUUCCUCCCAUCCCCUCCUCUCCUCUCUAUGUACCAAACAAAAAAUUAGAUUCUAAAUGCUAACGGGUACAAAACAAGCAAAAGAUAUAUGCCUUGCUCUCAAGAAACUAGCAAUGUAACUAGAGAAUCCCAAAUCACAUUCUGGGGGGGAGAAAUGAGAGGUAAUUGAUAAACUUGAGCAAGUGAAUAAUCUGGGCUGCAUAGAUUAGUAUAGGAGAAUGAAAAGUUAAUGGCCCUAGUGACAAGGUUGGUAUAAAUCAAUAGAUCGGCCUUAUUUAAUGUGCAAGAUCAAUAAGAAAUUUGGUUGGGAAAGAAUACAAGUCACCAGGUAAUAUAAAGCAGGGUAACAGUUAAUGAAGAGAGCUCUCCCACUCCGGGGGCAUCUGUGCACCUCCAUUUAGGGAAGGAAAUACAGGGAUCUUCAGUGCUAAUCAACCAACCUACUAAUCUGCCCAGUCACCUGCCCACUCUGUGUCACAAUGUCACUUGCUUGAUAAAUACAAAAUUGAUACAUUGAAUAAAAAUAUUUGGCAGAACUUCAGCAAAAGAGGCUUUAAAAAUACAAGUUUAAAUUUGAACCACAACAGACAUUUCUAAAGAAAACAAACAAAAAACUAUAAUCUUAUGGGCUCAUAGAAUUAGAGUGACAAAGAAUCUUAGAAGUUGUUGAGUCCAACCUGUUUUUCAGAUGAGGAAACUGAGGCAUAGAGACAUUAAAUGACUUGACCAAGACCACAGAUAGUAAAAUUUUGAGGCAGAAUUUGAAAUUAGUUAUUUCUGAGCUACAAGUCCAAUGGUCUAACUUCUACACCUGGCUUUUGUCUGGCUCUGAUUCUUCCUUUCAAGUUUUUAAUCCAGUAGAACCCACUUGAUUCUCUAUUCAAUUAAAUUCUAAUCCACAAGUUGUCUGCUAUGUGUAAGACUGUGAUGGACAGAGGAGAUGUACUGAUAGAUUACUGAGAAGGCUCAGCUAGAGCCUUCUGCUGAGAACCAAAAUGGCUCCACCUGGCUGGAUUAUACACACAGUACUCAAUUGUUGGGGUGGUGGUGGUCUUUAUACUACAGUUUCAGUAAAUUUCCAAUUGUUAUACCAUUAUCAACCAGGUCAUUUUCUGCUCAUCAUUCUCCUAGGAGGCCCAGAUGCUCUUUGAAUUAGUUAAUUAAAUAUUUGAUAUUUCUCAAAAUCAACCCUGCCGUGAAACUAUGAGCCUUAAUUGUGAUAUCAUUAGGAUAGAUUUGGGGAUAUGAUGACUAGCCCAGUAAACUCAGGAGAUGGAUUGGAAUCUGGAUCAGUGACCAGAGUGGUUUCCAUCCUUCUAAGCAGGAAAAAACAGAGCUCAGCUAAUUUUUUUGUGGUUCUGAUUAACAUAUUCAGUUUUUUCUAUGAAACCCGCCCCCCCCAACAACAACAAGCAACACACUGAAAAGUCAAACUCUGAAUGGUUUUGAGAGAUAAAGGAUCAUCACAUUAGAAACAUCUAUCCAAUAAAAUGGAAAUUCAUCAGUUCAAGAGAUAGAGAGCUUUCAAGGCACUGGCCAAGAGAAUCAAAGUCUAAAAUUAAUACUUUCCUUUAUACUGGGUCCUACUGAUGUGUUCUGAUUGACUUUUCCUUAUUGGUGGUGAAAUGUAAGGGAACACAGUGGUCCCAUCCAGAUGCCAGCUGGAGAAAGCAGAGAGGGAGUAAUCAAGAAUGAGAAGAUAAUCAUCUCCAUCAACUAAAAAUGGGGACUGAUUGUUUAAAGUCAACUUUCUUCAAGCUUUUGGUUCCCAAAUCAAAGCCAGAUUUCUGCUCCCAUCCUUCUCCCUAAGAUAAUGCAGGGAGUUUGUCUAGUAAGAUAACAUUUUGGGGAUAGGGUGAGGAAAGCAAUUAAGCAUGAAUAUGGGGGCUUACACAGGGACCACUUACACGUAGGAAUCCAACAUGAAUCUCUCUUUGGGAAGGUACAUUUGGACUGUAAUGAAGGCAACCUCCAUUUAGAGACCACAGACUUGGAACAGAAGGGACCUUAGAGGCUAUCUCGUCAAGUCCUUCUUCAUUUUAUAGAUGAGGAAAUGAAGGUUAAGUGAUUUGCCCAAGGUCACACAGAAGGUGAAUGACUGAGAUGGGAUUUAAAUCUAGAUCCUCCAUUUCCAGAGCUAGUUUUCUUUUCAUUGUACCAUACACAAAGGCUUGCAGUCAAAAGAGUUAUAAAGAGACUCUUCAAAUGCCCUAGCUUCCAAAUGGCUCUCUGGACAAGAAACAUUCUGUUUUUCAGUGUGUGAGGAAUCUGGAACGUGUGAUUCUUGAUGAUAACCCUGAUUUUAAAAGUUGACAGCCUCAGAAGAGUUGAGAGCAAAAAUGCAUCCUGGGUUUUGUUCAGCUUCAAAUGUUUGAAAGCAAGUUGGCAAGAUUGUUUGGAUCUAAGAGCUCUGGCAGGUUUUUGCCAGCCUUUUUUUGAAAGGCCCAACAGCACCCUUACUCUUUGUGGAGGAGGACUGGGGAGAAGGACACUUGAUUAGAGCCAUGUGCAUACAAUAUAGGCAGCCCUGAUCCCUAGAGGUCUAAAGACAGAGGCAGAAACUCAUUCUUCAGGCUGUGGAGGCUAAGAUGCAGAAUUUUAGGGCUGGAAUGGGCCUUGGCAAUCACUUUGUGUAUUGGAGUUCAGAUUAGAGAAAAAGAUGACAUCUGCCUCUUUUCCAUUCCAGUGCAUUCACAGAUGCACUCCUAGGUUGUGGAAUAACAAACCUGAACAAUAAAUAGUGACUCAGACAUUUUCCUAGCCAUAUGCCUUAUUGAUAAUAAUAGCUAACAAUUAUAUAAUGCUUUGAAGCUUGUCAAACACUGUAGAUGUGCAUUAUCUUGGUUUCUCCAUUAGGUAGACAUAUUAGGUAGGAUUAUCCCCAUUUUGCAGAUGAGAAAACAGAUUCAGAAAAGUUAAGUGACUUAUCCAUGGUUACUCAGUUGUCUAAUGCUGGAGGAAGAAUAUGAACAUAGAAUUCUCCUAUUUGAUGCCCACAACCUCCUGUCAUUUUAGUCAUGUCUGACUCUCCAUAACUCCAUUUGGAGUUUUCUUGACAAAGAUCCUGGAGUAGUUUGCCAUUUCCUUCUCCAGCUCAUUUUACAAAUGAGGGAACUGAGGCCUACUGUGUUAAAUGACUUGUCCUGGGUUACAUUGCUAGAAAGCGUCUGAGGCUGGAUUUGAACUUGGGUUUUCCUGACUCCAGGCUUGGUGCUCUAUCCAUUGUACCACCUAGCUUCCCCCACUAUACCAUAUUGCAUUUCAGACAUAAUAAGAAACCAGGGGCCAGAGAAGUUGUGACUUUCCAAAUGGCAUAUAACUGGUUAUUUAUUGUCAGAGGUUGGACUAGAGUCCAUGUCUCCUAAGUCUACCUACAUAGAAUAUGUAUAAUAUGCUUUUCCCUUCAACUCCCAACCAUUCCCAAUUUCAUAGGCUAAGGAAGAAAUGGGUUAGGCGAAGGGACAAUAAUUUUAACUCCAGUCUUUGUCAAAGUCUCCUCUACGUCCUAAAUAAUACAAUUUAUUCCUCCCUAAAAGCAAACAACAUUGUCUUCCUUUUUCAGUUGCUUAAGUCUUCUUGCAUCUCUCCCCUGGGAGAGCCAUUGCCUAGAACAGCUAUGGCAAGGGCUUCCUUGGUACCUCAUGGCUGGCAUGGCCUCGAGUAGCUCUCAAGGCCAUGGUCCUCCUGUGUGAAAGGAAUCUUAAAAAGGAUGAGUUCCCAACUCUGGUUCCAUGUGGAUGAAGGGUUGGUGGAGCCUAUUCUUUUCACUUGAAUGAAUGUCAUGAGCAUGUCCCUGUAGGUGCCAGAGCUCUCAGGAAGACCCCAGAAGGCCAUCCAAGCAUUAAAGCUUUGCUUUUGGAAGACUGAGCACAAGAGAAAGACGCCAGUAGAAGGGGACAUGGGAAAGUUUAUUCUGUUGGUGUCUGGUUCCUCACCCCAUCACCAACCUUCUUGGUUCUAGCUGAAAGGGACCAGGAGUGGAGAAAGGAAGAAAGAAGUAGCUCCCUUCAGCCUUGAAGGUGGGAAAGGAAAAUGAAAGCUACAGUGUUUCCUUUAGUUUUAAAUUUUCUUCCUGUUUAGGCUUGGCUAUGAACACCAAGUUGCCUUUUGCAGGAAACGUGCAUCCCUUGCCCUCUGGAGCUGAACCUUUGGGAAACAUACAGGGCAAAUGCUGACAACAGAUUUUGUGAACUUAAUGAAGAGAGCAAUUGAUUUGGGAAACUGAGCAUUGCUGUGGACAGUAGAUAUUUGCUCCAUUUGGUCCUCUCCAAUUUCUCACAGAUUAAAACAAACUCCCAGGACUCUCCUAACUUGGAUUUUUUCUUUUAGGUGUAAUGUGAUUGUAGUGUGGCUCUGUAUAGUGUGUGUACUACUUUGAUUCCUGUGUCUUAUUAAGAGGCUCUUUCCUGCUCUGUCUUAUACUCGGUCUCCUAAACGUGUCAUAUUUCCAACAUUUUUUAUGGUUCAUGACCUGAAAAAUGACAUGCCAAUUUUGAGCUCUCUGAAGAAGUAUUGAGACGGCCCAGUAUUUUAGCAUUGGAAGAAGGAGUGGCCAACAUCUUCUGAUACUUUCAUCUCUGGUUCUACUUCUUCCCAGAGAACCAGCUCCUUAUUAAAAAAUUUCCAGGAAAAUCAACAGUUUGGAACCAGCUGACACCUGUGUUCACUACUUAGCAACACGGGACCUGCAGAGUGCUUGCCUCUCCUAGUGGUUCUCUUGGAGUUGUAACUAGGAAUUUUCAGGCUGUGGGCUAGUACACAAGUUUUGGAAGGCAAGUAGCCCAAAGCUACCUCCAGUUGAGGGGAGAGAGGGUUGGAAGGGAAUGGGAUGGGACAGGGGAGAGUUCAGCUGAGGGCUACGAGUGCUAUCAGCACCUUCUAAAUUCAGUGUUCUCUAAAUUCUGCUCCCUGGGAUAAAGCCCUAGUUACUCUACUCUAGUUAUGACUCUGGAUUCUCUUUAUAGCUAAAGAAGGCAAUCUGUUCAUUAAAUAGACUGGCCUAGGGGUAUCUCCCAAGAAUACAAUUUUUUCCUCCUUGUCUGGUGGGGUACUUUUCUACCUUUUUUAAAAAAAACUACCUAUAGGAGUUCUCACUUGGAGAAAAGAAGCCCAUAUAUUGUCUCAGAGAGAGAGAGGGAGAGAGACAGACAGACAGACAGACAGACAGACAGAGACAAAGAUAGAUAGAGACAGACAGACACAGAGAGACAGAGAUAGACAGAUAGAAAGACAGAUAUACAAAGAGAGAUUGAGAGAGAGAAAACAGUCAGAGAGAGAGAGAGAGUUGGAGAGAAAAAAUGGUGAGAGAAAUUAUGAGAAAGAAAGAAACUAAGGGAAAGACACAAAGAGAAGGAAACAGAGAGAGAGCCAGAAAGAGGGAGAGGCAGAGAUAGAGACUGAGAGAAAUUAAGGGAAGAGAGUAAAGGAGAGAUUGAGGGAGAGAGAGAACAGUCAAAGAGGCAGAGAAAAUUUGAGAAAAAUUAAUAGAAAGAAAGAAAUUAAGACAAACACAAAGAAGGAAACACACAGAAAAUGGUAGACAGAUAGAAACUGGGGAGAGAGUGGGGGGAGAGAGAGAGAGAGAGAGAGAGAGAGAGAGAGAGAGAGAGAGAGAGAGAGAGAGAGAGAGAGAGAGAGAGAGAGAGAGAGAGAGAGAGAAUAGGAAGUGAAUCAUUGGAUCAUUUGUAUUUGGGACAUCUUGGCUUCACAGUACCUCCUUGGAACCCUACACACUCAAGAGACUGUGUUACAAUUACCCCCAUGCUAUUGUUAGUAUUUUGUCCUGUGGUUGGUUAGCAGUAUUGACUACCUACCUAAACUAAUAUUUUGUCUGCAUCUUAGUAAGUGUAUAAAUGAAUAAAGGUCUUUAGAAUUAA